UCUGUGCGCUGCUGCUUUUCAAGACGUCCUAUUUCUCCAAUUUAUGUGACAGAUCACUUUCACUGGGUUGAAAUUUCAAAAAAUAUAAAAAAUGGAUGGAAUUGUACUGCCUAAUGAGGUAAAAGAAUGUGACGUUAUCAUUAUUGGUUGUGGUCUUUCAGGAAUGACAGCUGCAUAUGAAAUGUUAAAAUUAGACCCAAAUAUUAAACUGUGUCUAUUAGAGGCUAAAGACCGCAUAGGAGGAAGGACUCUCACUAAUGAAAUCAAUAUUGGAGGAGGGCAAAGAGAAAAAUUUGACCUUGGAGGACAAUGGGUAGCAUCAAGCCAGCCUGACAUUUUAGAAAUACUUGAAGAACUCAACAUAAAAACUUAUCCCCAAUUUAUUAAUGGGACUAAAAUUAUGCAAGUUGGCCAAGGCAAUAUAAUACGAACUUACAAGUCUGACAUUCCCAGCCUUGGAUCUUACUGGGGUGUUAUUGAAUUACAACUGUUUAUUUGGAAAGCUGAAAAGCUAGCCAAACAAAUUAGCAUUGAAGAUCCAUAUUCGUGGGAUAAAGCACAAGAAUACGAUGCAAUGACUAUGGAAACGUUUGUCCGGAAUAAUGCCCGUUCUCAAAGUGUACGAGACACCAUUCAGGCCGCUUGCCGCUCUGUGAUAGAUAUUUGCAUCUUAAAUUUCCGCCGCUCUUCAGGAUGUGACCUUGAUCGAGUAUCAGCACUCUUCUUCCUGGCAUAUGCCAAUUCGGCGGGCGGUGUGAUGAAAUUACUUUUAGCAACCGAGAACGGGGCCCAAGAACUUCGCGUAAAAGGAGGCACACAACAAAUUAGUGAAAUUUUAGCCGAUCGCAUUGGCAGAGAAAACGUUCAACUGAAUCAACCAGUGUCAGCUAUCUAUCAAGAUCAAACGGAAUUUAUCACAGUUCACACUUUGACGGGAAAGAUUUUCAGGGCCCGACAUGUAAUUACGAGUAUUCCUCCUAAUUGCGUAACGCGCAUUCAGUUCUCACCACCGCUGUCUGAGGAUCGCAAGCUUUUAAUGGACAAUAUGCCUGUAGGGCAUUUGACAAAGUUCAUUAUAACUUACGACAAGACCUACUGGCGCGAAAACGGAUUUUCCGGUGAAAUCGUCAGUAACGGUGGUGGUCCAUUAUUAAAGUGUAGUACGGGUCCAAUCAGCGUUGUUUACGAUGCGACUACGGACAAAAACGUGCCUGCUCUCGUGGGAUUUGUAGCAGGAAGGCCGGGAGUGGAAUGGCAUCGUCAAACGGCGGAGGAACGUCGCUCGUCAAUUCUUGCUUGUCUUGCUGAAUUCUUUGGAUCUUGGGCAUUGCAGCCCACUAGCUUUACUGAGAAGGUAUGGGCUGAUGAAGAAUACAAUGGAGGUUGCCCCGUCUGCUUUGGCGUUCCAGGAGUUAUGUUCACUUUCAGCGCUCUUCGACGUCCUCAUGGUAGAAUUCACUGGUGCGGGACGGAAACAUCUACACACUGGGCUGGGUAUUUAAAUGGUGCUGUACAAUCUGGAAGACGUGCAGCUUGUGAAGUCAUGAAAUUGAACGGAAAAAAUGUCACCCAGUUAGAAAAGCUGGUUUCUAGACAGCCAUCUGCGGACGUAGAUCCACUAUAUUCUUUUCCUAGUCUAUUUACUCCAAUUGUUGUUUCUCUUGCCGUCAUCACUGCUUUCGUCGCCGUUUACUUUUUUUAAUUACUCUUGAUUUUGCUAUUUACGUGGCACCAUUGGAAUGUUUGUGCUAACGUAAACUGAACAGAAACAUGGUUUUAAAAACAAUGUCUGCUGGACAUAAGCUUUUAUUCACA